AAUCUGUAUUAGGCGCGAUAGUAAUUUAAUAAUUUCUUCCUUAUUGCAUUUUAUCUCCCUAUUUAUUAUAGCUUGGUACUGACAUAUUUAAAAAAUACAUUUUUGUGUUCUCUUCAUAUUGAGUAUUUGAGUUUGCAAUUGAUUUUGUUGCUGCAUAAUUGCUAAAUUAAUUGGGAAAUAAUAGAAGAAAAGUAUAUUUUAUUAAUAAAUAAAGUAUCGAAAAUACACCCUGACCUAUCCUUUGUUUACUUUCAAUCUACUACUUUGAAAGUAGUUUCGUUUUAAAUUUUAUCUUAAUAGUAAUUAUUAAGGCAACUAUGGCAAAAUUACUUGAUAUUAUUCGACGCAAUCUCAAAUCGGAUGCAGUACCGAGGCCACCUCGACAAGAUCCCAGCCAAAAUACUGAAGUUAAUGAGGAAAACCAACCUAGUAAUAAUAACGCGAAGCCAAGUUCACCAUAUAUCGAGCCGGAAGAAAUAUUAAUUGAAGACAAUGAUAUUGAAGAAAAUCCCAAAUUUGAUGAAGCAUUCUCGAAUCAGAACAAAAAGAAGAAUGGAUUUAGUAAAUCAAAAACAAAGAAAAAUGAAUUUAAUGUUCCAAACAAAGACUUUACAGUGAACACACAAGCAACUGGACAUGUGGUAAAUAUAGUCAACAGUACGGGUGUUCACUGGGGCAACACCUAUUCUUAUAAUAUGGGACCUUCCACACAACAACAACAAAAUGUAGAUCCUAAUGAAGAAAAAAUUGAAAAGGACAACCUAAUAACAUUACUUAUGGAAGCUAAAGAUGAGGUUGAAUAUGAGUAUAUGGAUUUCGUAUCAAAAAACUUAGGUAGAAACUGGCGCAAUUUGUUUGUAACAAUGGGCUACACAAGAGGCAGAAUUGAAACAUUUGAAAUUGAUGAAAGUAAAAAUGGCGUGUCAGAGGCUCGCUAUAAGUUGCUGCUAGAUUGGUCUCGAAAUAACGAUGAUCCGUCGCUUGGCCACUUGGCGACACUGUUGUGGGAUCAAGGAGAAAGGGAAAUUGUUAAAGGACUAUCCAUUAUGUAUAAAAAAAACAUGAAAACCAAGAAAUAGACCCCUACAAGAAUAUAAGUGAAGAUAAUUGUUUAUAAUGAAAAUCUAAACAUAUUUUUCUAGAAUUUUUACAUUUAAGCAAAAUAUAGCGUCAAAAGUAAAAAAAAAGUAAUUUAAUAAUAUAAUAAGAAUAUUGCGUUCUGUAUGACAGUAGAGCAAUGAAAACUGAAAAGUCUAAAUGAGACAAAAUGAAUAGAAAUGGAGUAAUAUUCCACAUUCUUUGCACAAGUGGUAAGGCAAUCCAUUUACAAUUACGUUACUGUAUUCAUUAAACAACAAAUUGCAAAAUGUUUGUAAUUUAUAUGUAUUUAGUAACGCAAAACAUGAAUUAUUUUACCAAUUUGGAGAUAUUAAUAAAUUGAAAGAUGUAGCUUCUACUUACUCUAAAGAGUUAAGAUAUGAGAUUACUAUAGAUAUAUCUAAUAAGAAAUAUUAUACAGUAUGUACAGUUGUUUUGGAAAUUUUCGCACCUACAUGAUUAUAAACAUGUAAUUUAUCUUAUCGUUGUAUUAUGAUUUCAAAUGACGACCUCAGUGAUCCAACAGUUUAGCACACCGCUUCACUUCCGAUAGUCGCGGGUUCGAUUCCUCGCACGGGUGCAAUCAUUUGUAUUCAUGAGUGUGAUUGUUUGUAUCAUUUUCUAUGCAUUUACAUUUUCUAUGUACCUAUAUUAUUUAUGUAUUUACAAAAAAAUAUAUAUAUACCCAAUAUAGUUGUCUAGUACCAAUAAACCAUGCUCUGCUUACCGUGGGACUAGAUGGUGCUGUGUUAAUUGUCCAGGGUUAUUUAUAUUUAAAUUUACUAACAAAAAUUUUAAAUGUAGUAGUAGGUAUGUACAUAAAAGUUAAACAUUAUUCCGUACGGUAAAUACACCUAAUAAGCACAUCAAUCAAUCAUUCGAUUAAUAUUUAUUUAUACGCUAUUUCAUGAAAGGAGAACCAAAUUUUUUUGUAAUUAUUGCUUCAUUGAGUCUAGAGUGCCUAUAGAUUACUUUUAAUUUUUACAUUAUAGAUUUUUAGAUAUUCUUGCUUAACUUCUUUCACAGUGCUUAUAAUUCCAUACAUUCCCUUUCUUGCGGAUAAAUAAAGCUUGAAAGAAAAGUUCUAGGUAUAUAUAUUCUUCUUUUUUUUAUGAAAUAUUCUUACAAUUUUACCGCUUUAUUAUAUCGCUUAUUCUAAAACUUCAUUAUUUCUUACAAAAAUAAUUACAUACAUUUAGCAUCACAAGUAUUUUAUAUUUAUCUUGGCAAAAACAUACUUUUUAUAUGUAUAAUAUAGGUAUGUCUUGUGUAUUUAUUCUGUAUGUAUAUAGAUGUUAAUUUAGUCACAUGUUUAAUUAAAUGCACAUAGUAAGAUAAAACUGCUGUUACUAGGACUUAUAUGCGGGCCCAUUAGCAUUCAAGCUGCUUAAAUUAGGUAUAUAUGCAUGGCUUAUGAAACAGAGACGAAGUCCUUACGUGCUGUAAAAUAUGUGCUUGAUUCAAGCAACUUGGCUCUUCUUGGCUUAGCGUUAUGUCUGGCGUAUCGGGUUAGGAUGGUUCUAAAAAUAUGAUGUAUGAAUAAUGAAUAAUAAGUAGUCCACAUAUUCAUAAGUCAUGAUUUAGUAUUUCUAGAACCAUAGGCCUAUGAUGCAAAAUUGACCCCAUUAGUUUAAAAUUGUAUUAAUAUAUGCUCAAAUUAAUAUGUAAGUUGUUAUGUAUCUAUUAUGUAAAUAAUACUGUUAAUUAAAAAUAUUCUUUGUCAGAUAAUGGUUUAAUAAAUUUGGCGCCAUCUGUGAUAAA